AUGGUCUCAGCGAUACCGAAUACCGGACCUGUACCUUUAAAUCACUCCGAUGGUGCUCCUAUAAGUAAUGCAAUCAGUCAAGAGGCUAUUCGAUCACCCGUAUCUGUUGGGAACACGUCAUUUAGUCUUGAAGAAGACGAGGGUUUUUAUGCCAGUACUACAGAUGGUGUUCGAACCAUGGCUGGUCGAGGUCGUAGCGUUGGGACCACCCCAGUAUUUCUUAACCCUCCUUCAAUGAUCUGUUCCCCCUCUCCUCGGAUUGAUGACCCCGGUUAUGCCUCGAAUUCUAAUGCUGCAGAUCCUUCAUCCGUAACCCCCGCAUUGGAGGCCUCCGGGAGACGAUCCAGAACACUUAUAAUGAAUGGACAAUGCUCAUCGGCAUCGGUUCAUCCACGCCCUACAACCAGCACUCCCAAUUAUCGUCCUGUAUCAUCCACAGCAGGACCAACAAAAUCGAUCCUCCGUCACUCUCAAGAUAUGCCUCUUUCAUCGCAUGAUGGCACAAUUACAGACUAUGGCUACACAAGUAAACUUUCUUGCUCUAAAUUCUUGCAAGUGGCCCUUUGGUUUUUUCAUACAUUUACAUUAUAA